AUGACCAAAUUUCAAAAUACAAGUGAAUCUGAUAUCAAACCCGCUUCUGUUAAAAGUUCAGAACACUUUCUCAUUAACUCAGAACAAAAUAUUAAAUCUGAAAAUUCCUUCGAUAAGCCCUUAACAAAUCAAAUUGUGGAACAAGAAUUACAGCAACAGACCUCUAUGCCUAUUAGAGAUAAUAGUUCAGGUAUAUUGAAUGAAGAUGCAAUGCGAGAUAUAGACAUUUUUACUAAUGAUUUAUCUCAGUUUCAGCACAGACUAUA